GUUCCGAUUUCUUUUCUUCGCUGAACGUGGACCAACACGGCAGCAGUUUUCUGCAGUCAAGAUUUAAGUGACCAUUUUAAGGUUAAAAUAGUGUAAAAUGACUGAAACUUUGCAGCUUCGAGGCCAACUGGUUGGGCACUCCGGAUGGGUUACCCAAAUCGCAACCAAUCCGAAGUAUCCGGAUAUGAUCCUGUCUUCGUCUCGUGACAAGACCCUCAUUGUAUGGAAGUUGACCCGUGACGAUUCCCAGUAUGGAAUCCCCCAGAAGCGUCUCUAUGGACACUCGCACUUUAUCAGCGAUGUAGUGCUUUCCUCGGACGGUAACUACGCGCUUUCCGGCUCGUGGGACAAGACACUGCGACUGUGGGAUUUGGCUGCUGGAAAAUCUACUCGUCGUUUCGAAGAUCAUACCAAGGAUGUUCUGUCGGUAGCCUUCUCUGUGGAUAACCGUCAGAUCGUGUCCGGAUCUCGCGACAAGACCAUCAAGCUGUGGAACACCUUGGCCGAGUGCAAGUACACCAUCCAAGAGGAUGGUCACACCGAUUGGGUAUCUUGUGUUCGUUUCUCGCCAAACCACACCAAUCCCAUCAUUGUAUCUGCUGGUUGGGAUCGUACCGUCAAGGUCUGGAACUUGGCUAACUGCAAGCUGAAGACCGAUCAUCUUGGCCACAACGGUUACCUGAAUUCGGUAUCUGUUUCCCCAGAUGGCUCGCUGUGCACAUCCGGUGGCAAGGACUGCAAAGCUUUGUUGUGGGAUUUGAACGACGGCAAGCAUCUGCACACACUGGAGCACAAUGAGGUCAUCAACGCUCUGUGCUUCUCGCCAAACCGCUACUGGCUGUGCGUUGCCUAUGGUCCAUCCAUCAAGAUCUGGGAUCUGGCUUGCAAGACCAUGGUUGAAGAGUUGAAGCCAUCCAAGGCUGAUCCACCACAGUGCUUGUCGCUGGCCUGGUCUACCGAUGGACAGACGCUGUAUGCCGGUUACUCCGAUAACAUCAUUCGAGUAUGGCAAGUGUCCGUAUCGGCUCGCUAAUCCUGCGGAAAUAUUUUUAAUAUUUCUAUUAUACUAAUUCCAUAAUAUUGAUUUGGUAGGUUAAUAAAUCUAGCAAACAAAUCUA